AUGACGACGAUGACGAUCGACCACAGUCAACCGCGCUUCGGCCCUUUAAACUUCGACCUGCCUUAUUCAGGGCCGCACUUCACAGAUCCUUGGGCCUCGUCGACGACAGGAUCAGGGCAUCAGGCCGGAAGCCAACAUCAUAACCUCUACGUCAACAAUCAGAACAGUACCGGCCUUCCUCAUCUCAACCUCAGUGCUAUCCCCAAGCACCCACAAGACACCCCACAGCAGUCUCCGCAUCAUCCGCCCCAGCAUCACGGCAGCCGGGCAAACAGCACGGCGUCGAUGGCCCCUUACUCACCCCUUAGUGUCGCGGCUCCUCCGGCAGGCAGCCCUCCCAUGCAUGGAGUGUACAGGCAUCAUAGCUUGGUUCCCAUGUCCCAAGAUCUCCUCAGCCUGAACAGGUUACAACACCCGACCACGUCGGCUGGAUACGAGACACCGGCAUACGCAACCGCUCCUUCUCCUGUCAGCCCGACCUACACAACAUCAUCGGCAUAUGACCACAUGAGCUACGGGCCGGCUCAGAUAAGGGGGUCGUUUUCUUUGGGUCCGGAAGACACGGCGAGGAGGUAUUCUCAACAGUCAGUAGCCUCCAGCUUGAUGGACUUGCACUCUCCCUCCGGCGAUGGCACGGGGAGGGGUCCCAGAAUCUCUUUGUCUGACUAUGAUCGCAGAAACCUGCAGCCCGACGACCGGCGAAGCUUCCAGGAGGCUCUGGGUGCCAGCCAGGGGAUGCUCUCGAUGAGCCAUGACAACACCCCCAGGAAUAUCUACGAUAUCCGCCACAGACACCGAGGCUCGACAGAUUCGUACGGCUUCCCGUCGGCACACUCUGCGACUUCGAGCAUAUCUUCGACUGGGUUUAGCACCUAUUACGGGGGUUCGGUAGAUGGUUCCAUCAGCGACUACUCUGCGACUGGGUCAGACUUUGAGCCCCUAGCUGUCCGGACACUUCCCAGGCCCUCGGGUCUCAUGUCCAGCCAGCCGCCCGCGCCUCAGUCAAUGAUGGGCUCCUUCAGCUCCAAGGUUUCGUCGAGCACGCAGAAGAAGCAUAAGUGCAGAGUAUGCGACAAGCGCUUCACGCGGCCAAGCUCCUUGCAAACACACAUGUACAGCCACACUGGAGAGAAGCCCUUCAAGUGUGAGGUCGAGGGAUGUGGACGGCAGUUUUCGGUUGUUUCCAACCUGCGGCGGCAUAAGAAGGUGCAUCGGAACCAGGCCCAAGCCGAGACCCCCUCAGAAACGGGAUCCGAGGAUCACCAGUCAGAAUGA